AUGCCAAUCCCUCUCCGAACUCCCAUUGCCAUUCCCCGCUGCAGACAAAGACGACGACAGAGACACUAUACAACCCACGCACCACCAUUCCAACCCAAGACGGCUCCUCUCUCUCUCUCUCUCUCUCUCUCUUCCCCCAGGUCAGUCUUCCUCCCUCCUUCCCUCUCCCUCUCUCACUGGGCCAUGGAGACGGCGAGACCAGAAUUAGAUUCAUCCCCUUCCCCUCUCAAACGGGCGAUCUCGAUCGAUUCCCCGGCGAAUACCCGGAAGCUCUGCCUCCCCACAAAGCCCCACCACCCUAACGGCCCAACCGUCUCCUCAUCGUCCUCCUCAUCUCCAUUAUCGUCGUCAUCGUUCACGGCCUCCUCAGCUUCAUUCCCGACCGUGGAUUUCGAGCUAGUCUCCCUCAAAUCCCUGGGGUACACUUCCCUGAAGGACCUCAUCCCCUCCUCCAGCGUCCAAUCCCCAACGGCCGCCUCCGCCUCCGCCUUCCAGAUCUCCAUCAGGAACCGCCUCGUCAAGCAGGCUGCCUGGGCUUACCUCCAGCCCAUGUCCUCUUCCCCCGCCGCUUCCGCCUUCCGAUUCCCCGCCGACUACUUUCGGAAUCCACUCUCCGGUUGCCUCGACUUCCUCAAACACCACAUUUUCCCCACCAUCGCCAGAGUCUUCGAUCGCUUGUUCCGGGCGAUUCGGUUCCGGUGACACACGUGAUACCCGAUUACCCGUCCUGCACCCGUUCUCUGUGAUUUGGGGUUAAUUAAAUAUGUGCUGUUUGGUUAUGCAUUUAGACAUGAACUUGUUUUCCUUUUCCUUUUUCUUUUUCUUUUUCUUUUUCUAUCUUAUCGUAGAAUAAAAGGGACGAAAUCGCAAUUAAAUGAGAAAAAAAUAAAUAAAAGAAUGGAAUUAAUUGAGAUUUUGGUUGGGGAAAAAGGAAAAAAAUUUUCAAGAAUUCCCAAUCUCAGAUUUUUUUUUUUCUCUCUUCAAUUUCGGAUUUUUACAAAUGAGAUUAAUCAAUCAAUGAACUCUUGAAUGCCGUAACCUUACACGGGCAGCGUAUAAGGUUUCAUCAAUGGGAGUGGUUGGCUCUGGUGGAGACAUAUCCUCGGCGCGGAUGAACUCUGUAUGGAUGUGAGGGUGGAGUUGCACGUGGUCUACUUGGGGAGGCUGGAAAACGGUGUGAUGGGCGGUAGCGGAUGGCGUCGGGGGCUGGCUUUUGCUGGAUCGGCGGCGGGGGCUGUUGAAUGACGGAGGCGAAUUCUCGGGAAACGGCGGUGCGCUGGGACGAGGAUGCUGAUCGACAUGCUGCCAAUUGGGUCAGUCCACAAUGUUAGUGGUAUGUUUAUAAUGUAGCCAUUUGUGAUAUUGUACAUAGGGAUAUGUUUUCAGUGUACAAAUUUUGUUCAUGAAUAUGAAAUGGGUUUCGUGCUUUGGAAAA